AAGUAGACAGAGAGCAGUGAGGAGCAGAAGGAGCUGGGUGACAGGAGGGCUGUUGUUGCCUGAACAAAGCCAGGGAAAGGAGAGCACAGUCCUGGGGUGAAGAGCAGCUGAGCAAUGCCUUGAAGGGAGCCUGCCAGUUACUCCUCCUGCAGAGACCUGAAGGUGUUCUUCAGCGGAGGAUGGCAGGAGAUUCCCGUGUCCUCAUGGACCACAACAUGGAGACAGGAGUAACGCCUGCACAGGUGAAAAAGCUCCCUAAACAUCUGAGGGAAGCUCAGAUAUCAACCGAGAGAACCCACUUGAUUUCCGAACCAGUAAGAAAGCCCCGGCAGCGGUAYGUGCAAAAGGACGGCAAGUGCAACGUUCACCAUGGAAAUGUGCAAGAGACCUACCGAUACCUCAGUGACUUGUUCACUACACUGGUGGAUCUACGGUGGCGUUUUAGUCUUUUAAUUUUCACACUGGUCUAUGUAAUCAACUGGCUUUUCUUUGGAUUUCUCUGGUGGCUGAUUGCACUUAUCCGUGGAGAUCUAGUGCACGCUGAUGAAGAGGGCUGGACCCCUUGUGUUGAGAACCUGAACAGUUUUGUCUCUGCUUUCCUCUUCUCCAUCGAGACGGAGACCACCAUUGGGUAUGGCUAUCGUGUAAUCACAGAACGAUGCCCCGAAGGCAUUAUAUUACUUUUGGUGCAGGCCAUCUUGGGCUCCAUAGUCAACGCCAUCAUGGUGGGCUGCAUGUUUGUCAAGAUUUCACAGCCAAAGAAUCGCGCGGAGACGCUAAUGUUCUCGCAUAAUGCCGUCAUAUCCGUGCGAGACAACAAGAUGUGCCUGAUGUUUCGGGUGGGAGACCUGAGGAACUCUCACAUCGUGGAGGCAUCGAUCAGAGCGAAGCUAAUUCGCUCACAGCAGACCAAAGAGGGGGAGUUCAUCCCUCUCAAUCAGACUGACAUCAACAUCGGCUUCGACACGGGGGACGACCGGCUGUUCUUGGUGUCGCCACUCAUCAUCUCACAUGAGAUCAACGAGAAGAGUCCCUUCUGGGAAAUGUCAAUGGCACAAAUGGAGAAGGAGGAGUUCGAGAUUGUGGUCAUCCUUGAGGGCAUGGUGGAGGCUACAGGUAUGACCUGUCAGGCCCGGAGCUCCUACCUGGACACUGAGGUGCUGUGGGGCUACCGCUUCACGCCGGUCCUCUCUCUGGAGAAGGGCUUCUACGAGGUGGACUACAACAACUUCCACGAGGUCUACGAGACCAAUACGCCCACCUGCAGCGCCAGGGAGCUCGCCACUAAGUUCCGGGAUGAGCCGCUUUUGCCGCAGCUACCACUCUUAAGCCCUGAGCCCAAAACUCAUACGUUUGACCCCUUGGACCACCUGUCAACACUGGAUCCACUGAGCCAGGAUGAGACAAACAGGGAGAGGGAUUUAGGGGGUGACAGGGGGGAGAACAAUGGCUCAGCUGCUGCUUUGGGRGAGCAACCCCUUGUUGAUGGACUGCCUGACUGAAGGGGCAAAUCAGUCAAAAAAAAGCCCAGAAAAGACUGUACCGUAGAAUGCUUCUUUUAAUYAAUGGCCAUCUUGUUCCAGUGCAGGUACAGAAGACAGAAGACGUCUGACUYGUGCAAUAUUCCUCUAUGAGAGUGUCAAUCUAUAGUAUAGAUUGGUUUUGUAGGCAAAUAAGUAUGCAUACAGACACACAYGUGUACAAUAUCUGUAUUUACUCUUAAAGGUUUCAGAUUGUCUUUUUAUAAUCACAAAGACCACAAACUGCUACGACUCAUAGGUUCGAGUUUUAUUUCGUAAACUUGAGCUAAAUCCGGUAGCCCUGACAGCACACCGCUGGCUCYUUAUGAAUACUCCAAUAUUCUCAUUUUAAGGUGUGUUAACUCAGCCUUAUUUAACUCCCAUUGAGAACCACUGUUUAAGCCGUCUCAUAACUCCGCUCACGUCCAACAGCAGCUUGUACGCAGUAAUCGAAUCUCGCUUUAAUUUAUUGCUUUCAAAUGUGGCCGAUUGUGGUUUCCUAUUUCUGUCAACAUUGUUAAUCUCUGCCAGAAAUCUCUUUCACCUGGGAUUACAAAGAUAAGGUUUCUUGUGUGCAGAAAAAGGAGGAGAGUUUWAAAAAAAGACAGGCAAGAGUCGUGUGCUGGCAACUACAGUAUAUUCCUGUUGUUAUUGUUUUUUUCUUUGUUCACAUUUUUCUGGUUGUUCAUUGAUUUUUGCCAUCAAUACACUGGGAGCCUUCACCCCAGAAAAAAAAGAAACAAAGACAGAAAGAAAGAAAGAAAGAAAGAAAGAAAGAAAGAAAACCUGAUAGUACCUCUUUUUUUAUAUGCUGUUUUAGGACUUUGCCAGUAAAAGUAGACAAAUGCCACAUAAGCUACCAACUUGACUCUUUUGAAAACUUUUGGGCUCGUUAACGAUUUAUUCUCUUUCCAGCUGCACAAACUGAUACAUUUAGUCCAAGUCUCUUUUCYUUGGAACAUAAAGCACAAUUUCCUAUAAGGGGGGGAGUCCACUUUGAACUAACCACCCAUUGAGCUUCUGCUGCUGGCUGGUGCAUGUCAGUCCUAGUUAAAGGARGCAAUCAAAUGUACUUUCAAAUAUUAAAAAUUUAUGUGCAACUUCAA